CGGAGCGCGGCGGGCGCGGUGACGUCCCCCCGACAUGGCGUCGAGCGAGUGAAGAAAGUGCCUCCCGGGUGGGUGCCGCCAGGCGGCCCGGCGCGCAGACCCCAGCCCAGCCCCAGGAUGCGGCCGUCGCACCACUGCGGGCACCUCCUGGAGCGGCUGAACGCGCAGCGCGAGGCGGGCUUCCUGUGCGACUGCACCGUGGUCAUCGGCGAGCAGCAGUUCCGAGCGCACCGCAACGUGCUGGCCUCGUUCAGCGAGUACUUCGGGGCAGUGUAUCGGGAUUCCCCGCACAGCGAUGUCUUCCUGGACCAGAGCCAGGUGAAGGCGGACGGCUUCCAGAAGCUGCUCGAGUUCAUCUACACGGGCACGCUGCACCUGGACAGUUGGAAUGUUAAAGAAAUUCACCAGGCUGCAGACUAUCUCAAAGUGGAGGAGGUGGUCACUAAGUGUAAAAUAAAGAUGGAAGAUUUUGCUUUUAUUGCUAAUCCCUCUUCUACAGAGAUAUCUAGUAUUACUGGCAACGUUGAGUUGAACCAACAGACUUGCCUCCUUACUCUUCGAGAUUUUAACAACCGGGAGAAAUCAGAAACUUCCAUUGAUUUGGUUCAGGCACAUACCAAGAAGGUGACUUUAGAAAAGAAGUCUCCUCCAACCAAAAAGAAGAAGAAGACUUUCAAUUCCCAGAAAAACGUGCAGAAUAAACCAGUGCAAUAUUCCAGUGACAUUUUAGAGAAUUCAUCUGUUGACAUGUUCCUAGAGAUAAAUAAAUUGCCUUCACCAGUAACAGAACAAGUUCCACAAGGAAAUGAUACCUCAGAACUCCAGCUGACUUCAGUUGUGGUAAAUGAUAGUUUUACAACACAAGAUAUCAUUUUGCAAACAGUAGCAGUGAAACAGAAACGUGGAAAAUCACAGCCAAACUGUGCUUUGAAAGAGCACUGUAUGUCUAAUAUAACCAGUGUCCCGAACACUUAUCAGCCCGAAGCCUCUGGAGAAGACCUAGAUCAGAGGUACUCAAAGGCCAAGCCAAUGUGUAACACUUGUGGGAAAGUGUUUUCAGAAGCCAGCAGCUUAAGACGACACAUGAGAAUACACAAGGGGGUAAAGCCCUACGUCUGCCAACUGUGUGGAAAAGCGUUCACCCAGUGUAACCAGCUGAAAACACAUGUCAGAACUCACACAGGGGAGAAGCCAUAUAGAUGUGAGCUCUGUGACAAAGGUUUCGCUCAGAAGUGCCAGCUAGUUUUUCAUAGUCGCAUGCAUCAUGGUGAAGAGAAGCCCUAUAAGUGUGAUGUGUGCAAUUUACAAUUUGCAACUUCUAGCAAUCUCAAGAUUCAUGCUAGGAAGCAUAGUGGAGAAAAGCCAUAUGUGUGUGACAGGUGUGGACAGAGAUUUGCUCAGGCCAGCACGUUGACUUACCACGUUCGUCGGCACACCGGAGAAAAGCCUUAUGUGUGUGAUACAUGUGGGAAAGCAUUUGCAGUGUCUAGUUCCCUCAUAACUCACUCUCGAAAACAUACAGGUGAAAAACCAUACAUAUGUGGUAUUUGUGGGAAAAGUUUUAUCUCCUCAGGAGAGCUCAACAAACACUUUCGAUCUCAUACAGGGGAAAGACCAUUUAUCUGUGAAUUAUGUGGAAAUUCCUAUACUGAUAUAAAAAAUUUAAAGAAGCACAAAACAAAAGUCCAUUCUGGAUCUGAAAAGGCUUUAGAUUCCACCAUGGGGGAUAACACUUUUAACGAACAAGAUCCCAUGCAGAAGAGUCCUUUGUCAGAACCUGUAGAUGUGAAACCUUCUGAUAUGACUUUACCAUUAACUCUUCCCCUUGGAACUGAGGACCACCAGAUGCUGUUGCCUGUAACAGAUAAUCAGUCUCCAUCAUCGGACACACUGUUGAGAUCAACUGUAAAUGGGUAUUCAGAACCACAAUUUAUUUUUCUGCAGCAAUUAUAUUGACUUGAUGAGCAAUAUGGAAUUUACUAAAUAAAUAGCUCUGGUAGUGAACAUAGACCUCAUUGGCAAGGUGACCAUUCUCAUUCACUGUCAUUUGGGUUGUAAUCAUUAUUUUUCAUUCAGCUAAGUAAAAGCAACUGAUCCUGCAUCUUGUGCAAUGCUUGGUUUUUUUGUUUUUGUUUUUGUUCUGCUUGAAAAGUCAGAAGUAUAUGCACACCAUUUUUGGAGAAUGAGUUACAUAGCAAAAAAAAAAAUAGAAGGAAAAAAACCAUUUUCAUCAGUAGUCCUGAAGACUACAUUUUUGUUUUUUAGAAAUACCCUUUAAUUAUUCUGAUAGAAUUUAUCACUUCUUGAAAUAAAACAAUAUCCUCCAGGUUUUGGGGUUUUUUUCUAUUAUUUAAAAAAAUAAAAUGAUCAGCUCUAGAUUUCAUCUAGAAUUAGGAGUUCAUGUUUCUUGGCCAGAAAAAAUCUAGGUACCAAAUUAUAAUUUAUUUUUCUUCUCUAUUGAUAUUCAUGCUAGUUUGGGACAAGCGGUCCUUUAAUAAAAAACAGAAGGGAAAAGUCUAUCAAGGACUAUAAAACUCUUGUUUUGGUUUGGUUUUUUUUGACCAUCAGAGCACUUCUUUUUCAGUAUUCCAUUUGAAAGUAACCUAUCAAUAGAUGUUUAAUACCUUUCUUGUAUCAAAAAGCAGUUUCACAAUUUGACACGCUUUGACAUGAUAAGAUAAGGAAAAAUUAUCAAAUGCAUUUUUGGUAAGAAAGUAUGCAGGGUGAAAGAAAGCUUAAUUUUGUCUAUUUUAUACAACUAUUACAUGCACACCUUAGAAAUUAAAAUUAAAUGCUAUCAGUGAAAAAAGUAAAAAAAAAACCAAACCCCAAAAUUACAAGUUUCAAGCAGACUACAAGUAACUGCUGAAAUCUGGUAUCAGAGAUUACAGCUAUGAUAGUAAGAUGUCAGAUUUCAGUAUUUGGAGGAAAAAUAGACUGUAAAAGCCCAGUUUUUCAAAACUACAAAUGAACGUAAAUCUUCACCAAUAAAGCAGCUUUGCCUUUUCAGAAUUAUUUCUCACUCUUUUAAAACCAUGGCAAUAGGUUGCUUUGGUAGCUUUUUAAAAGUCCUCGUCAGCCUGAAUAGGCAAAAGCAGAUUAUUUUCAUAUUUUCCACUAAAUCGUUCUUAUCCUGAUUCUUUGUCACCAAAAUUGGUUUUUGUGAUUUUGUUGGUUUUUUUUUUUAAACUACUCUCUGGUACCAUGUGGUUAGCAGGAUUUGUUGAUUAAACACGCUCUGACUCCUCAUUUCUCUAAGCAAGUCACAAUCUUUUCUUAAACUACUUCUGUAAUUAAUGCAUUUUCUCUUUAUCUUGAGUUUAUAAUUAUGUCCUUACCUCCUUGGUGCCCAGGUCACAGUAAAGCCUUGUAUUUACUAUAUAGUAUGGUGGAGUAGAGUAGAGUAAAUCUUGGCAACUGAUGCAAGAGCACCGUCACUGACCUCACCAGAUUCCUCAGUUCAGUGACCUGGUGGACUGAGUAUUGAGGUCAAAAUAUUACCUCGGUGAUUUUUUUUUUUGGCACAAGUACCUUUAUGGAACACAAAUUAAAGGCAACAUUUGAGUACAAAAGAAAUUAAUUAGUAAACCUGAAACAUACGUUUUUGUUGAUCAGAUGUAUCGAUUGCUCUACAUUUCAUCAGUAUAUUUCUGAACAAAAUGUAAGGUGACUCGCCCAUUCAGUUUUAACCUCAUCAGGAUUUCAAUGCAGUAUAAAGAAAAUGUAACAAUCAGAUCCCAUUCUUGUAAAAUAACACCAAAGACAGCCUGAGAUUUCUAAUAAAUCGUCAUUAAAUCAAGCACCACAUUCUAGGCUGUCUUCUUAGAGUAGUAAUCAUCCCUCGUCGAGGGUCAUGGCGUCAGGUGGCAGAGAGUUUUGUUCUGUGCUUCCCACCCCCACCCCCGGAUCGCUGGUCAUUUUUUCAGUUCAGUUGUGUUUGUGAUCACAUGUCAUUUGCUUCAUCGUUCAAUGUUUUAUUUUUAUUAGUCAUUCUCAUUUUUAAAAUGACUGCCUGAGCCCGUUCUUGCCUGCUUUUCCAAAACAGCAAUAUAAAGAGCAUUUUAUAAAAUCCUGCGUCUUCCUGGGAAUGUUUUUUCAGUAGCUGGAUUCUUUUAUGAUACGCGUGUGUUUUUCUUGUAGCUGAUGUCGUUUAGUGCUCGUGUAAGACACCAGCCUUAAACAGAAACUCUGGGUGGCACCCACGUUGAGAUCGUUUUAAAUUUCCUCUUUUAUAUCAUUUUAUGGUUUCUCUUGGCAACCAGCAAUUGGAAAGUCCAUUGUAAAAGACGUAGCUCUGAAUUUGUGACAUAUGGCCUGCUUUUGAUAGCUUGACCUCCUUAGGUCAUUGAUUGUUUUCAGUCUGUGUACUAAUUUAGUAUGCCGUUUCGUAUUAGACCUUGCCUAUCUAAAAAGAACACAACAUUUUAACCCAUGUGUCAGAUCAUUUAAUUAAAGGUUCUGAUAAGUUCAUCUUUGUUAGACUAAAUACAUCUAUGAUGUGCUGUUGUGGGAAGAGAUUACUUGUUCUUUUUAAAUGAAUCCAUUAUUUACAUUGAAUUGCUGAGCAAAUUAAUUCUGAAGAGCACACUGAGAGGUAGAAUGUACUUUCUAUGUGAAUUUGUUUUGUACCUGUAAUAUUAGAUUAUUUCUACUGUAUUCUUAGAUUUCCAACUAAAAAAACUUAGAUUUAUACAUAUCAGUCGUUUUAGAUGUUUGUAAAUAGCAUUUGUUUUGUGUUCUUUAUUUACAGAUUAUUUUUAAUACUGAUUUUAGAAAAUUAUUUUAACCUUUCCAGAGUCUGAUAUAGUUCUAUUGCAGCAAUAAUUAAAUAGCGUACCCUACAAAUUUCUUUCUAUAUGGUCUGUUUACAGAAUUCAUGAAAAUGACUACACUUGAUAUAUUUUAACUGUGUUAUGCUAAAUUAAUAUCAUGUGUACUUUUAAAUCAUUGUUCUACACAUUUCUUGGCUUUUAAGCUGUAAGAGAUGUUUUCAUGUAAACUUUCCACCUACUUCUAUGAGAUUUUUUAUAAGUGUCUGGAUACUGGCUGGAAAUACUUUGUAACAGAAAAACCCUGUUUUUACACAAUUUAAGUUAAAGCCUUUUAAAAAUAAUUUUCAAGUGUUACUAAAGUUUAGUCAGUGUAAGAGGUUCUUUUUCUUGCUUGAGUAAUUCUUCAUGCCUCCUUUUUUAAUAUUUUGGAGAGUUGUUAAUUGAAAGUUUAGAAUAUACCAGAAAAAUUAUGGUAUGAACAAACUACUCUUCUAAAAAUAGGGCAAUAGUGAAAAUUUUUGUUAAUUUAAAAAACAGAUUUGCUAAAACGGACACUGUGUGACCAGUUUUUCUAAUAAUUAUCUGCUUUUGAAUAUGAUAAAUGUAGAAUUCAUAUAGCAUUGCCUAUAGUCAUUCGUUUGAAUAUAAUACUUGGUAAGCUUCUGGAAUAUGAUGUAUUUGUUAAUUCCUGCCUGACAGCCUUUGAACUCAAUGUAGGGUGCAACAUUUGGUUUCCGAUGGAUCAUCAGAAUUGGAACAUAAGAAAGUCAUGAGAGUGAUUUUCACGUGGUCUUCCAUACUGCUACAUGGCUGUUUUUUAUUUAUCCACACAGCUUAAAAUGAAGUGAUCAGCUUAAGGAAAGAAAUGGACAGAUGGGUGACUCUCUCUAAUCCCUGAACCAGUCAGAUCACUGAGAGAGCAAGUAAUCCCACCUCUCUUUAGAACUUCAACUUCAAAUACAGAUUGCUUUAAAAAUAAAUAAAACCUGAAAGGUGAAUAUCCA